AUGUCACAACAUCAAAAUACUUCUACUUCAAAAACUACUAAGUCUACUCAAAAGGUUAGCGCUCCUUCCAUGGACAUUCCCGAUGAUGAGAUUCUAGAUGUGGUUCCUCUAUCAGUUAUUCCCUACGAGGCCCUUGAUUUGAACCAUCCCAUGGAUGCCUUAGCUUUUGCAUGCCUCAAUCAAGGUAACAUCUCUAGUAUCCCUUCUGGCUCAACUCCUGCCACUAAUUCUAAGGAAGAUAUACACCACACUAAUCGUGUUAUAAGAAACCUAGUCACUAGAAUCCUUAAUGAAGGACAUUCUGUGAAGGGAGUCUCUACUCCCCUGUCUAAAAUGUACCCUUAUCCUGAGGUUGAACAACAUAGUCAGAAGGAUGACGAUUCCUCCAGUUCUGAGAAGGACAUGGCUGCUGAAGGGUUGUGCUCUCUAGGGAAAACUGUGUCUGAUAAAGGAAAAUCCGUGGCAUCUAAAACUGCCAAUACUUCCCACUCUGAGAAGCAUGAUGAUGCAAACGAUGUGAUUGACCUAGAAGAUGAUAGGUAUGAUGAUCAAGAGGAUAGAUUACUUCAUCAUUUAAAGCCAAGUGUGGCUAAACGCAUGAAGACUCGAAAAGCUAAGAAGACUGCUGGUAUUGGGCCCUCUAAAUCUUGGAGCAUGGUUGAAAUGAAGAAGAGGAAGGUUAGAGAAGAUUCUGAGUCUGAUGAGGAUGUUAAGGAAGAUGUCCCUGACAUCUCUCCUGUGAAGAAAACCACUGUGAGGAAGUCUCCUGUUAAAGUUGUUGCUGUGUUUGUGAGGGGUAAGUGUAUCACAUUUUCUCCCACUGUUAUUAACAAUUUUCUGGGAAGAAAAAUUGAGGGUGCAGGUGAAUUGGAAGCUACAGACAAUGAGGUAUGUAGAGAGAUUACAGCUAGGCAGGUGAAAGGUUGGCCUAUUAAGAAGCAUCUUCCUGUUGAGAAGUUAACUGUCAAGUAUGCUAUAUUGCAUAAAAUAGGAGCUGCGAAUUGGGUGCCUACCAACCAUAUUUCCACCAUUGCUAAUACCCUUGGAAGUCAUGUCGAAGAUAUUGUCAUGACAUCUGCCAUGAAAAAUCCAACCUCAAAAGUUGGAACAAUUGCUGAGCUUAAGGAGACUUGUAAAGAGCUGGGUGAAGGGAUAAGGGUAGCAACAACUAGGAAACAAUCGUUAGAAGCCUUGAUUUCAAGCUUGGAGCAAGCUGAAGGUGAUCAUAUUGAACAUGCUAAGGAAGCUGAAUCCCACACCUCUAGUAUGAGGUCUGCAAACAAUGCUGAGACAAGUGGCAAUUCUGUUUCUGGUGCUGAUGAAGCUGCAAGCUCAAGCUCUAUUGAUUAA